CACCUACAAAACCUUCAACACCUCCAACACCUACAAAACCUACAACACCUUCAACGCCUCCAACACCUACAAAACCUUCAACACCUCCAACACCUUCAAACCCUCCAACGCCUUCAACACCUUCAAACCCUCCAACGCCUUCAAGCCCUCCUAAAGCCACUUGCCCGACAGACACUCUCAAAUUGGGUGUGUGUGCUAACUUGCUCAACAACCUUCUCCCUAUAGUCAUCGGAAACCCAUCAGAGACACCAUGUUGUUCCCUCCUUUCCGGCCUCGCAGAUCUUGACGCUGCAGUCUGUCUUUGCACUGCCAUUAAAGCUAAUGUCUUGGGAAUCAACCUCAACGUUCCUGUCUCAUUGAGCGUGUUGCUUAACUACUGUGGAAAGAAGUCCCCAUCCGGCUUCCAAUGCACCUAGAUUCUUCUGAAAGCUUAUAACUAUAGAUUGUUGUAUUUUGGAA